GGGGAAUCCGUGCUGCAUGUGUAUGAUCGUUCGUCGGAGCUUGGUAUCAUGGAGAUCUACUUUUCAUUAUUCGGGGGGACUUGUGUCUCCUCGCCGCAGGUCCCUUCGCGUCUCGUGCCGUAACGCGACCACAUGACGGUGAUUCUAGAAUCUUCCCCCCUUUUCAUCUGCCUUCUAUUCAAGAAUGGUCUGAAUAAACCGAGGUCCACAAACCAAGUUUCAACAACCUCGAGUUCUUCUACAGAACCGGAACCUUUCCUUUUCAUACUGGCGAAGGCGGUCAGCCUCCCCAGCCUGUAUCGUUCAAGUAUCGUUGCAUGAAAUUUGACCUAACGGCAUACACGCGAGAUGGCGGGAGGACGGAAAUACUGGACGAGGGGCGGUGAGAGACACUUCGAGGACACCAGUCUAUAUCUUUCGCCGUCGCCACAGGUUCUAUGUACACAUUGGGAGCAUGAAUACUCUCUGGCAAAUUGAACGCAACUGAUAAUCACCGCCAGUCCUUUUUUCGUUUUAUUCUGCUGUGUUUCGAGCGAUGAUGUAUCAACCGUCACAGACCGGACUCGUAAUGAGCCUUAUAUACUCCAGCCAGGUGUAUUACGAUUUGGCCUCGGUACCCUUCCUCCUCCCAAACACCCUGGGUGCUUGAUGCAGCGAGUAGACGACACCGACUCUCGUAUACAGUACACGCCGAAGGGAGCGUGGCGCCAGGAUGGGGUGGUAGGGGAGUUCAGGCAGACGAGUCAUGUGUCGGAUACUUCAGGCUCUCAGAUGGCGUUUGAGUUCAAAGGGACAAAAGUAGCUGUCUAUGGCACGAUCGGUGGCACGCAACCUGGCUUCAGAAAGACCACCUACCUAUUCAGCAUCGACAAUGGAAACGCCGUAGAAUUUUCCCCUUCUUCUCCCCAGGGGGACCUUGCGUUUCACCAGAAUAUGUUCAGUUCUGAUACACUGCAAGAUGGAAUGCACCUACUUACGAUGAAGGUCAACAUGGGGAACGAUGUCGGGUUGUGGUUUGAUUAUUUGGAAUUCAUGCCGUCCGUUCCCGGUCAGUCAUCGUCCUCACCACCGACCACCACUUCAACUACAUCGGAAACGGUAACAACAUCGAGUAGCGACCCACACGAGCCUCCUUCGACCACGUCUUCUCCGGAAACGGGAACGACCCCGGGCACAAUCCCCAAGUCGAGCCUGCCGAGUGGUGGUUCAUCGACAUCCGUGCCUUCAUCGACCGCUUCUGGUUGGGUAACAAUGAAAACUUCGAGUGGCGUCCCAACCGUGCUUCAUGCACCCACCACAUCCACAUCUUCUUCUGAAACAGGAGGAAUUCCGGCGAGCGCUAUCGAAGUCCCACCAUCAACUUCAUCAUCAGGCACACCAUCAUCAUCACAUCUCUCAUCUGGUGCUGUUGCUGGUAUCUCCAUUGCCGUCACUAUAGUUCUGAUUUCGGGCUUGGGAAUUCUGGUCUGGCGGUUUCUCUGGAAACGAAGGCAACAAAGAUCCGUAAAGAGGGAAUCUGGGGCAGCGAUUACUACUUCGUUUAAUCGAACAUCCACACACACAAGUUUAUCCUCAACUCCAGACGUACCAGCAACCAUAAUAGCAGGGACGGGCCUAGUGGAGACGGAUGACGAGGACAUGCCAAAAUAUCCUCCUCCUCCUUACGUCGAUAACAGGUAGUCCGUUUUUAUUAUAAUCUCAUGUAAAUCUUCUACAGUUAUGCGAGCAGUGGACAUUGGCUAAUUUGAAGAGGAAUUCCGUAGUGUAUGUGUAUGAUCCGAUCGUUCAUCGGAGCUUGGUAUCAUGGAGAUUCAAGUUUCAUUAUUUGAAGACUUGCCACGUAGCGCGACCACUUGACGGUGAUUCUAAUCUCCCCCCCCCCUUCUCCCCUGCCUUCAGGAGUCAGGACGCUACAAGAUAUGUCGCCCCCCCAGUGAUUAUUCCAGAAUGUUCUGAAUCGAGAAAUGGCCUUCUACCACGAACCAAGUUUCAACAACCGACCGCUUCCUCGACUCGGAGGUCUCCUUCUCACUGGCUAAGGCGGUCAGCCUGCCCAGCCCUAGACAUAACUCCGAACUGGUUUCUCGGUCUCAGAAUUGAUCUCCGCGAAGGCGCCAAGAAAACAGUCACCGCCAACUUUGUAUUUCCCGUACUUCCCCGGUCUCAGAAAGGAGGAUGUCCGAAUUGACGUACAUACAUGGACGGUUGAUAGUCUCUGGACAGACCAAGAUCCCGGAAGAGCAUGAUAGCUAGGAAGGAUAUGCCGUUCGUGAACGACGGUUCGGGAAGUUUCGAGGACUUUGAGGCUUCCUCGGGGUGUUAAUAAGGAAGAAACCAAGGCUUCGUUCGAGAAUGUGUAUUUACUUCGUGUUUCCUCGAAGUUGGCAAGGAAACUGCGCACAAGAAGAUUGCCAUCUCGUGAAUGUUUUUUCGAUAGAGCUAUGAACCGUAGGACACAUGGAGC